AAAGAAUUAAACCUCAUCUCUCAACGAGAGUUUUAUUUUAAUUUUGUUUAAAAAAAAUUUAUAUAUAAAAAUAAAAGUUUUUUGAUUUUUUUUCACUGUCAUGGGAUACACGAGUUAUUCAGCGAUAGUGUUGGCACUUUUCAUUGUCACAUUCACCAGUGGGGAAAUAUCUCAAAAAAUCAAAAAAUUUGAAUACAUCUAUGACAAAGAAUCAAAUCGAAAAAUUGGAUAUGUCGUUACUCGAGUGCAACCAAUGAAUACAAAAUUCCCUCAUGAAAAUGUGAAUCGUAAUGAAGUGAAUUCUAUUAAAUUCUCAUCGGCCAAGAAAAUUGGAAGUGGCAAAGAAAAUGAAAGUAUCGAUCGAACUGGCGCCAAUCAAGAAAACAAAGAGGGAAAUUUUCAAGAGGACCAACAAGCGGAGGCGAGUCACAAUAACAAUAAUAAUAAUAAAGAAGAGAUAAUAGCUCAACAUCUUCGCGAGGACGUUGUUAAGACUCUGACAAUUGUGAAGAAAGUUCCCGUUCCCUUUCCAGUGGAAAAUACCAUUCACUAUCCAGUUGUAAAGAAUGUUCCCUAUAUGGUAAAAGUACCUGUACCCGAGCCAUAUGCAGUUGAGCGUAAAAUUCCAGUACCAGUUAAAGUUUUUGUGAAGGUGCCCGUGAAAAUACCAAAACCAAUACCAGUGAUUAAACAAACACCGUACGCAAUUCAUGUACCAGUGGAACGUCCUGUACCGGUGAAAAUAUUUAUUCCCAAUCCAUAUCCAGUGGAGAAAAAAAUUCCCUAUGAAAUUAAAGUACCAGUACCACAACCAUUUCCUGUGGAGAAAAAAAUUCCUAUCCCCGUUAAAUUUACUGAACAAAUACCACAACCAUAUCCAGUGGAAAAAAUUGUACAUUAUCCAAUUAAAAUUUCUAUCGAUAGACCAGUGCCAGUUCCUGUAUUACAACCAUAUGCUGUUCCUGUUACUAAAAAUGUUCCCUAUUUUGUCAAUAAACAUAUUCCCGUUCCGGUCAAAGUUGAAGUGGAAAAACCCAUUCCCUAUCCAGUUGAAAAUUCAAUUCCCGUUCCAAUAAUUGAAAAUUACGAUCAAGAUAUUAACGAUCAUGUUCCACAAGUUCAUGAGCAAAAUUAGAAAAUCUUUUUUUUUUCAAUUUUCGAGGUAAUUUUUUCGUUUUAUAAUUUAAUUACGAAAAAGUUAAAUUUUAUUGAUAAAAAUUAUUGGUUUCAAAAAACGGUACAAAAAAAAAAUGUAUUCCUUGUCCUUUUUUUGCAAAACUAUUUGUGAUAUAUAUUUAUAGCUGAUAAGAAAGUAGGAUAAUUUAUGAAAUUAUAACACAGGUUUAUAAAUUUCAAUUUUUUUUUUUUGUCACUCGAACAAAACAUUUUUUUUUCGUGCAAUUUUUUUGUAACAGCAAAUUAUGCAUUUUCGAGGUGUGACGUCACAUAAAGUCACCGGUAGAGAAAGCAGUUAAUCCAAAUGUAAAAAAUAAAUCAUCAUUUGAAUGAUAAUUAAAUUAUCUUUCAAACCAUUGGUCAACCAAUAAAAUCCAUUCAAAAUUGUCAGAGUUACAGUCGAUCAAAAUUCAAAUUUCAAGCAAAUUACGAAUUCGGGGUCAGUUCUUCAAAAUUCAAAAUGGCGGAUCCAAUAUGGUGGACAAAAUUUUAGUAAUUAGAACUAAGUACACCAAAAUGAGUAUUCGGGGGUUUUCGGGGUCGCUGAUUACGAAUCCAGGGUCAGUUUUUGAAAAUUCAAAAUGGCGGAUCCAAUAUGGCGGACAAAAUUUUAAUAAUUAGAGCGAAGGUCACCAAAAUGAGUACUCGGGGGUUUUCGGGGUCGCUGAUGACGAAUUCGAUGUCAGUUUUUCAAAAUUCAAAAUGGCGGAUCCAAUAUGGCGGACAAAAUUUUAGUAAUUAGAGCUAAGUACACCAAAAUGAGUACUCGGGUGUUUUCGUGGUCGCUGAUUUCGAAACUGAGUUCAGUUUUUCAAAAUUCAUAAUGGAGGAUACCGUAUAUUAUAAUUUUAUUUACGUUAUCGCGUAGUGACAAUAUCUAGUCCAAUUAUAUGAAAUAUAAUACUAUUGUCAAUAAAAUCAAUCCAGACUAGAUAUUGAAUUUUGAAAAACAGACCUUGAAUUCGUAAUCAGCGACCCCGAAAACACCCGAGUACUCAUUUUGGUGUACUUAGCUCUAAUUACUAAAAUUUUGUCCACCAUAUUGGAUCCACCAUUUUGAAUUUUGAAAAAAUGACCCCUAAUUCGUAAUUAGCGACCUCGAAAACCCCCGAGUACUCAUUUUGGUGAGCUUCGAUUAACUUAGUUCUAUACAAAACUGAUAUAAAUCGAAACCACUUGAAAAUAUACUAAAAGUGAAAAAGCACUUUGUUCAAUAAAUCUGGUGUAGAAUUGUCAUUUUUUAUCCGAUCGAGGUCUAUAAUGGCUUAAAAGUUUCGUUAUUAAUUAUACUAUUAAUAAAAAAUUUAAAACUUGCCUUUUUUUUGAUUGUUUUGACUUUGAAAAAAUUAGCGAAACUUAGACGAAUGUUUAAAAAUCAUUAAAAUUUGCUUGAAAUUUGAUCUUUGAUCGAUUGUAACUAUGACAAUUUUGAAUGGAUUUUAUUACUUGACCAAUGGUUUGAGUGGUACGAGGGGAAAAAAUUUAAAAUAUGCUUUUCUUACUCAAAAAACACAUAUUAAUCGAAAAAAAAUGUUUUGUUCGAGUGACAAUUUCACUGUAGGAUAGUUAAAUAAUUUUAAUAUUUUAAACCUGUUUCACACAAUUUAAUAAAAAAAAAUACUUUAUAAUAAUUUCUUAAUUAAUUUCUUUUAUUUUUUUUUUUUUUUUUGGACUUAGGAAUUUUCAAAUGAGAUGAGAGUUGGCAACUAAUCGUAGCGGAUUUAUUACAACAAUUAUUCCUUCUCGACUAUUGCACACUUAUAUGCGUUUUUUUGCGGCGAAUUAAACAGAAAAAGUUAUCUCCUUUCUCUCGUGAGAUUUCAUCUUCGACAAAAUAAAUCAAGGCAUUAUUUAUAAAUAUCCAA